AUGCCGUUCCGGCCACUAGGAGCGCGUGUUCGCUGCCACGUCACCGCCCAAGCACGUGCUUCCACCAACCAGCAGGGUUCGGAUCGGCCGUCGCUACUCCCGUCCUCGCUCCAGCCCAGGUUCGGUGGCCGAACCUGCAGGCUCGGGGUAGCUCCGGCAGCUAUCGGUCCACAACCAAGGAGUUCUCUAGGUUUGGGGGAAACUGGUGCGCUGGGGGCGGGGAAUGGGGGAGGGGGGAGUUCCGCUGGGGGAGCUGCUUCGGCCUCAACCGCCACAGCUUUAUCUGCUGCCCGUUCCCAGACCCCUGACCGGCCUCAGCCAUCCCUGGCCCGCCACGUGGCACGAAGCCUGCCCGUGGCGGUGCUGAGCGAGCUCGUGGCAGCUGCGGCUACAGCAGGAGGUACAGCCGCUACAGCCGCAGCCAAUAGCGGGCUGCCAGCUCACGCGGGGCAUCUGGCGAUUCCUGCUACAGCCGUGACGCCUGUAGCAGUGACGGCGCUAGCAGCCAUAUACGGAGCUUACCUGUCAGAUAACCUGCUGGGACGGCAGAAACAGCCGCCAAAAACAGAGCCGUUGAUCAUCGAGUCAGUGGACGUCACAGAUUACCCCAUCUUCAGGCACCCAGAGGUGCUGCGAGCAGUUGAGUUCGCCAGGGAUGCGCACUGGGACCAGUACCGCAAGACAGGCGAGCCGUACGUCAACCACUGCGUGCACACUGCGCGGAUACUGGCUGCUCUGGUGCCACCCCAGGGCAAGAAGUACCGCAAGACAGGCGAGCCGUAUGUCAACCACUGCGUGCACACCGCUCGCAUCCUGGCAGCUCUGGUGCCUCCUCAGGGCAAAAAGGUGUCUGCCAGGGAUGCGCACUGGGACCAGUACCACAAGACAGGCGAGCCAUACGUCAACCACUGCCUGCACACCGCUCGUAUCCUCGCUGCACUGGUGCCGCCCCAGGGCAAGCAGAUGACACACUUUCAGGCGGUGGAUGCGGUGGUGGCAGCAGUGCUGCAUGCCAUUGUGGAUGAGUUGUCCCGUAAGUUUCUCAAAACUCCAUCCGCAUCUGCUCCCCUCCCCCAUCCCUCUCUCCUCCUCUCCAGUCAGUGGAUGCUGUGGCAGCAGCAGUGCUGCAUGAAACACUUUCAGGCAGUGGAUGCUGUGGUGGCAGCAGUGCUGCAUGACAUUGUGGAUGACACGCCCUACGACAUUGCUGACGUGGAAAUGCUCUUCGGUGCUGACGUGGACAGCCUGAGGAUGAUGCUGCUAGGCAUGGUGAACGACCCUCGAGUGGUUCUUAUCAAGCUGGCGGACAGGCUGCACAACAUGCGCACCAUCUACGCACUGAAGGACAGCAAGGCACGGGCAGUGGCACAGGAGACACUUUCCAUCUGGUGCUCCCUGGCCUCUCUAUUCUGCCUGUUGCCCAUUCUCUCGUAUUCUCUGCGGCUGCUUCCUCCUCCCCUCUCCCCCUCCCAGCUACGCACUGAAGGACAGCAAGGCACGGGCAGUGGCACAGGAGACGCUGUCUGUCUGGUGCUCCCUCGCCUCUCGCCUCGAGCUAGAAGACUUAUGCUUCGCGGUGCUGGAGAGCUAGAAGACUUAUGCUUCGCGGUGCUGGAGCUGGAGGACCUCUGCUUUGCGGUGCUGGAGGUGAGCGUGCUUAGUAAAUCUUAUACUGUGAGUCAGGCGAAGCACCUAUCUGCUCGCCCUCCUUUGCUCGCCUCGGUGUGUGGCGUGGCCCAUGAAAGCCGAGCUGGAGGACCUCUGCUUUGCGGUGCUGGAGCACUCGGGUCUCUCGUUUCGCCUCACGCCUUGAAGCGAGCUGGCCACCAUGUGGAGCUCCCCGGAGGACUGGCAGUUGCUGAGAAGCGCCUGCGCCCCUUCCCCUGCCUCCUUUCCCCCUUUCCCCCUAAAUCACCCCCCCAGCCGCGCAUAUUCCGCCAAUUGCGGGGCGAGCUGGCCACCAUGUGGAGCUCUCCUGAGGACUGGCGGUCACUCAGAGGGAAGGGAAAUCUCUAUUCCUCACAACCCUUCCUGCUCCUUCCCUUACCGCACUCAACCCCACUCCAGCCGCGCAUAUUUCGCCAGCUGGGAGGCGAGCUGGCCACCAUGUGGAGCUCCCCGGAGGACUGGCGGUCGCUGAGAGAAGGAUCGGCAGAGAAAGGCGGCACCAAGAAAGGCACCACCACCAGCGGCGGCACUCAGAAAGGAAAAGGGAGCAGUGGCACCAUGCAGGGAAAAGGUUCCACUCAAGGAAACAGUCUCACAAAAGGUGCCAAGAGCAGCGGUGUGCUUAUAGCGAAUGAGUUCCUAUCCAUGGUGGCUGCAGCGGAGGGAGCAGUACUGGACGCCGUGCCAGGUGGCAAGCUGCUACAGGGCGCGAGGGACGAGGAGGGGGAGGAGGGGGAAUCAGAGCCGUCGGUUCGGGAUUUGAUCGAAGCGGUUGUGCCGUUCGAUCUGCUGGCGGAUAGGAACAGGCGGAGCAGGGCAGUGGCUUGGCCUGCUGCUGCUGGGAUGGAGGUGGUCCUCUCCGGCCGCCUUAAGAGCAUGUACAGCUGCCACGCCAAGAUGCGGCGCAAGCGCGUGCCUCUCGACAAAAUCUACGACGCACGGGCGCUGCGGGUGGUGGUGGGGGAUGCUAACGGGACGCAGCACGAGGCGGCAGUGGAAGCUUGUUACAACCUGCUCAGCGUGGUGCACAGUCUCUGGACUCCCAUUGGUGGAGAGUUUGACGACUACAUCCUCAAUCCCAAGCCGAGCGGUUACCAGUCACUCCACACGGCUGUCAGAGGUCCGGACGGAGCACCUUUGGAGGUGCAAAUCCGCACUCAGUCCAUGCACGAGUAUGCAGAGUUCGGCCAUGCAGCCCAUUGGCUGUACAAGGAGAGUGAUACUCCUGACUCCGCCCCCUCUACAGAACCUGAAUCGCCGUCCAAUGAGAACGCGCCACCUGUACAGUCAGGCAGCAAUCAGCAGCCGCAGCAGCAGGGUGGUUCAACCUCCUCCUCCUCCUCCUCCUCCUCCUCCUCCUCCUCCUCCUCUUCUCUCCUCUCCUCCUUCACCUCGUCUGUCUCCUCCAAAGUAUCCUCCUUCCUCUCCUCUCCUUCCCCUUCUGACCCUUCUGCUUCUGCUGGUGCUGCUUCUGAUGCUGCUGCUGCUUCUGGUGCCGCUGAUAGCGGUCGGGAGAGGAGGCGUGCAACAGGCAAGUUCCAGCCGUUUUCAGCCACGGAUUUUGAGAACCAACCGUUCGAGGGCAUUGGUAGCAGCGGUAUGACUGUGAGUGGCUCUAAAGGGGGAACGAUGAGCAACAGGAGCAGAGAGGGGAGUUCAGCCACGGAUUUUGAGAAGCAACCGUUUGAGGGGUUUGCCAGCAGCGGUAUGACUGGAAGUGGUUCCAAAGGGGGAACGAUGAGCAACAGGGGGAGGGAGAGCUCUAAGGGUGAGACGCAGAGCAACAGGAGCAACAGUGGAAGCGGGGAGAUCGUUGGAAGGAGUUUCAAAGGGGGGACGCAGAGCAACACAAGCAACAGUGGGAGUAUGGAGAUUUCUCAAGGGACUUCCAGGGGAGGGACGCAGAGCAACACAAGCAACAGUGGGAGUAUGGAGAUUUCUCAAGGGACUUCCAGGGGAGGGACGCAGAGCAACAGGAGCCUGCAAGGGAGGAUGGCUGCUAGCAGCAGGGCGACUAGCAGCAGCAGUGAGCGCACAGAUGCUGCAACAGUGAGAGUGGGGUCUAGUGGUUUGGAAGGGGAGAUAGAGAAGCAGCAGCAGCUGCAGCAGCAGCAACAGCAGCAGGAGGAGCAGGAGGAGCAGGAGGACAAAUUGCGUGUGGUGCCUGUGGCUACUGUACCCCCGGCUGCAGCUGUUUUGUCUGAUGUGGGGGAGGUGGAUCAGGUGGAGGGUGACUUGGAGGAGGAAGGAGAGGGGGAGGCAGCAGGGGGAGUUCAGGAAAAUUCAGUUUCUCGGCUUGCUAAGAUACAGCUACCUAAUGGAAAAGUGAUAUUGGAGGGGCAUCCAGCCUUGAGGGUAGAAGAUGGGAAGUUAUUAACCUCUGUGGUGGUUAGUUCGGAGAAUUCUGGAAACACUCUUCUUGUCGCGUCGAGUUUUUCCCUGCCUGCCCGAGAUACGCUCGUGGCUGCCCGGAGCGGGCCGCAGGGGAAGCGGUGGGCGGCGAACGUUCGUCUUUUUGCGCGGGUGAAGGAUACUUGCACUAUUGCUGCUACUGCUGCUGAUGUCACGACUAGCGUGGGUGGAGACAGUAACAUGGCUAGUGGUGGCAUUAGCAGCUCGAGUGGUAACAGCGGGGUUGACGGGAAGGAGGCGCCACUCUCGUCUGCUGCACGAAUAAACAACAAGGUUCGGCUUCUCCGGUCCAUGCUGCAAUGGGAGCGGGAGGUUCGGCACGAGGCAGCACCGGAUGGCACCCUGGCUGGUCUUGGCAUAGAUAGCACUAGUAGCAGCAGCAGCUUUGGCAGCAGUGGUGGUGGCAGCAGCGGCAGUGGCAGCAGUGGUGGUGGCAGCAGCGGCAGUGGCAGCAGUGGAGGGGAGGGGGAUGAGAUGGGAGGGGAGCGGGAUGGGACAGGACAAGACAGCCUAGUGGACGCUGUUGCUCUCAGUGAAGUUCUCGUUAUAAGCUGGCCUGGUGGUGAGAUAGUGCGCUUACCAGCUGGCAGUCUGGCAGGUGAUUUUGCCCGCCUACGAGCCAAGGCGGCCACAGGGGAUGCAGCAGCAGCGGCUGCAGUCAUCUCAUCCGACGGGCUGCGCCUCUCCCUCUCCCCCACCACCGCCACUCCCUCUGCCUCGGGCUCUAGAGCCGUUAGUGGGGCCCGGGGCUAUGGAGACGUUUCCAGUGCGGUGCUGUGCCCGGCAGAGGAGUCUAUCUUUGUGAAUGGGAAGCGGGUGGAUCCCAGCACACGGCUUAGAGAUGGGGAUCUGGUGGAGGGAUGGGGAUCUGGUGGAGGUACGCUAUGUGGGGGAGCUGUAGGUGAUGAUGAGGUGGUUGAUGCUGCUGCUGCUCUGCUGUACCCGGCAGAGGAGUCUAUCUUUGUGAAUGGGAAGCGUGUUGAUCCGAGCACACGGCUCAGGGAUGGGGACCUGGUGGAGGUACGCUAUGUGGGGGAGCUGUAG